CACACCCACUCCUCCGCCGGUCCAUCUUUAUCCCCGACCCCCUCCCGCUUCCUCCAAUUCUCAUUCCCAGGUCCCUUUCAGCGAGAGAGAGGGAGGGAGGGAGGAGCAGUUGGUUGAGACCCGAGGCGGAGAUGGAUCUGCUGGAGAGGAGCGCAGCCACUAUUAAGGCGGAGCAGCAGGGGGAGGCCCAGCGCAAGGAAGCCGAGAGGAAGGAGCAGGAGCAGCAAGGCCAAGGGCUCACCGGCAGACCCCCGCUCGCCAACGGCAGGUCUGGAAUGUUGCCAAUGUCGAGCCCUCCAGCAAAUCCGGGACAGCUCACCAUUUUUUAUGGUGGGUCAGUAUGUGUGUAUGACUCAGUGCCACCAGAGAAGGCUCAAGCAAUCAUGCUCAUUGCAGCAGCAGCUGCUGCGGCCUCAAAAAGCAAUGGCACCGCUGCUGUUAAGCCUCCAGCGAUGUCUGCGACCAAUGCGAUCCAAGCCAUGCUUACGCGGUCGCUCUCACUCCAGAGCACUUCUGUAGCAAAUGGACAACCUCAGGCUGUUGCGGAUCCGGGCUCGAUUUGCAAGCUUCAGGCUGAUCUUCCCAUCGCCAGGAGACACUCCCUUCAGCGCUUCCUGGAGAAGCGCCGUGACAGGGUGGUGAGCAAAGCUCCUUACAGCGCCGGGAAGCCAUCCGAAGGCAUGGGAGCAUCUUCUGGGAUGGAAGCGGUCGCGGAGGGCAAGGCCCAGUAACCCUGAAAGAAGAAAGACGGCCCUGCCCCUGAUGUUUGGAAGGAAAGGGGCGUGUGUUAGCUGAUGUGAUGUUACACCGUAGAAUCAUCAUCGUUCGUGACGAUAAUAAUGAUCCGACGAGAACCUCUAUUGUCAUUGUUCUGUUGUCAUUGUGUAGUUUACUCUGUAUCUGAACUCGGUUUAGUCUGCGGAACCAUACUGCUAUGAUGAAUGUGUCGAUGUAAAUCGUGGCUGUCGUGCCUGUCUGACUGAUACAUUGUUAUCGUAGUCGAUAAAUGAUAUCAUCUGUGUCGUCUCUGUUUCGAA